AUGGUAGCCUCCCAGAUCGGGAUGAUUGAUCAGGUAUCCACAAGUUGUGGAACGCUGUGGGGGCCAACUGUCCAGACUCGGGCAGAUACUUCCUCUUUUAAAAGCUACCUGGGUCCUAGAGAACCAUCUACCCAGUUAGCUGAGAGGACGAUAUGGAGUGCUUUGUCUUGCAUUAGCAGGAUCACCCAAAAUCGACCCCUAACGCCUUUGAAUCAAAUAUUUGGCCAUCUAUUUGCUAGAAAUAGGAGGCAAUGUGCAAAAACAAAUGUUGAUGUAUUGAGGUUCACUAAUGUUUUUAAUUUCCUUCAAAAUUGGAGAUUUCAUGUCCAUGCACCAAAAAAGAUCCGGACAUUUGAGACUAGGAGAAGGGAGUAA